UGGUGCAGCGCGCUCUCGCCCCACCAGGAACUUCAAGAACUUGGCUUUCAUCUAGUUCCCACAGCACGACCUUAGGUUUUUUUUUGGUUUUGUUUUGUUUUUUUUUUUCUUAAAGUGCUGGGUGGGGACAGGCCCCGCCUUUCCCGGCCGGGGGUUGGCCUCGGGGGCCGCCCCUCCCGUGCUCCCCGGCAGCUGCUCCUUCCCUGACGGCGCUGGAGGGCCCUGCAGCGGCCCACGAAACCCAAUGGCGCUACCCGCCUGGCUGCAGCCCAGGUAUAGGAAGAAUACCUAUCUUUUCAUCUACUACUUAAUCCAAUUCUGUGGCCACUCAUGGAUAUUUACCAAUAUGACAGUCCGGUUCUUUUCAUUUGGAGAAGAUUCCAUGGUUGACACUUUCUACGCUAUUGGUCUUGUGAUGCGUCUUUGCCAGUCCAUUUCCCUCCUGGAGUUGCUGCACAUAUAUGUUGGCAUUGAACCAAACCAUCUCUUUCCUAGGUUUCUGCAGCUCACAGAGAGAAUAAUUAUCCUCUUUGUGGUGAUCACCAGUCAAGAGGAAGUCCAAGAGAAAUAUGUGGUGUGUGUUUUAUUCAUCUUUUGGAAUCUAUUGGAUAUGGUUAGGUACACUUACAGCAUGUUGUCAGUCAUAGGGAUAUCCUAUGCCGUCUUGACCUGGCUCAGUCAGACACUGUGGAUGCCCAUUUAUCCUCUGUGUGUUCUUGCUGAAGCAUUUGCCAUCUAUCAGUCGCUGCCGUAUUUUGAAUCAUUUGGCACUUACUCCACAAAGCUGCCCUUUGAUUUAUCAAUCUAUUUCCCAUACGUGCUGAAAAUAUAUCUCAUGAUGCUCUUUAUAGGCAUGUAUUAUACCUACAGUCAUCUUUACUCAGAAAGAAGAGACAUCCUCGGAGUCUUUCCCUUUAAGAAAAAGAAAAUGUGAAGCACCGCAUUCCGAUGUGAGAGAAGGAAGGACAGGCUUGUGGACUCAGCUGCAACGAACAACACAGGAAGCAGCCUGCUGGAAAAAUACCUGCUACUGGACACGGCUCCGCGACGACCGCCUUCUCCUCGAGCUUGAGGCCGAUCGCAGCACUCUUAUCCUUGCAUGUUCCACGCAACCUACUUUACCAAAGCUGUGGAUUUUAUACAAGUAACUUUACAUUGAUUCUUUUCCUGUAAGGCAAAUGAGAAAUAGAUUCACUGGAACGGAUUUAAUGAAAUUGAGAAACCAAAGUUGUUAGCCGGGAUUUUAUCUGUUUACAUCGUUUUCUUUUCACUUUGGAGUUUGCAAAUAGCAACUCCACGGGAGGGCAACAAUGUGAAAUAUGUGGCAGUUGUCUAGAAUAACAUUUUAUAGACAGAUGUCACCCUCACCAGGGCUCACCCCCAUCUUACACAUUAGACACGCUGAGAAAAUUCUACAUUUUCCAAGCCCUGAGAAAGUAUUCAUUAAUAUUUGGAGUUUGAUGCCUUAAAAAGAGGAGACUGAUGAAAACAGAAUGGAUCUUUGGUAAAUAUACAAAUAUUUAUUUGAUCCAUAUUCCUUUUCUGGGGCAGGGGUUGAAAUCAGGCCAUGUUACUUACCUUACAGGGACGCAAAAGGUAAAAAUCUAGAGUAAAUUAUUUUAAAGGAGAUAAGGCAGUUAACUAGUGAUGUUUCAGAUUACUAUUGAAUUAUUGUUGCUAAUCACUGUCACAUAAGUCACAGAGUUUUGAAAACUGACUAAUAUCACUUCUGUAUCAUCAGUAUACAUUCACUUUUCUUGAAAGGAGUCUAGAAUCUUAUUAUCCAGUAACUAUAUAAAAAGGUUACUAAAUAUUUUAUGACAUAAAAACUAGGUAGUAAAAUAUAGUUACAGAAAAAUUGGUAACUAGGUAAAGAUAACUGAUACCUUUGAAAAUUUAGUAUCCUAUUUGGGAUUUUAAAAUACUUAAAAUUAUCCUUCUAAAAAGCUACAUCUUGAGAUACCUGGGUGGUUCAGUCAGUUAAGCAUCCGAUUCUUGAUUUUGGCUUAGGUUGUGGUUUCAAAGAUGUGCGUUCAGGCUGCACAUUGGGCUCCAUGCGCGGCAGGGAGUCCGCUUCUCUCUCUCUCCCCCCUCUAAAAAAAAUAAAUAGGGGUGCCUGGGUAGCUCAGUUGGUUAAGCGUCUUUGGUUCAGGUCCUGA